AUGACUGGCGUGUCCUUUGGCCCAACUACAAUCCUCGGUGGAUCCACCCCUGCUCCGGUGCCUAGAGCCGCUGCUCCUGCUUUUGGGGCCCCAGCCGCUCCUCCGGCAAGCGGAUUCAAUUUUGGAGGAGCUACUGCUGGCACUCCAGCUCCGACCCCUGGAGCAUUCAGCUUAGGAGGAUCGGCUACUACUCCGGCUCCAUCGGCUUUUGGAUCCCCAACGCCGGCUCCAGGUGGAAUGUUUGGGGCACCCGCUCCUGGAACUGCAUCGGCAUUUGGCUUUGGAGGAACGUCGUCCACUACGGGUGGCAGUCUCUUUGGUGCCCCGGCGCCACCUCCUGGUGGAAGCAUCUUUGGAGCGCCAGCACCAGCUCCCGGUGGAUCACUCUUUGGAAAUUCCAUGGGAGGUUCCAUCUUUGGAUCCCCGGCUCCCUCUGCCUUUGGCGGAUUUGGAGCCACCGCGCAACAACAACAACAACAACUGCAGCAACCACAACAGCCACAAGUCCCCGCACAGGCGGCUCUUCAGGCACACAUGGAAGCUAUGAAUGCUGCCGAAACACAAAAAAUAAAGGCAGAAUUGUCAAAAUUGUAUGCAAUCUACACAGCAGAAGUCACCCCCAGUACUCCCUCGGAUGCCAAAAAGAAUUUUGUCUCCAUUGUGUACAAUGACCUCGACCAAAAUCAACGUCAACAACAGUGGCUUUAUGGUACCAGCGCUGGUGGGGAAAUCUUGCCCGUUGCGCCACCCAAACCACCACAAGUCUCAGAAGCAGAUUGGUACAAGGCCGUGGUGGAAAAUCCCGAUCCAAGGAACUACAUGCCCAUUGCCUUGAUCGGAGCAGAAUCAUUGGGUGCACGAUUGUCAUGGCAACAAGAACGAGCCAAUGAGUUGACCAAGAAUGCCGAAACAAUCCAGUCUAGUCAUGAAAUGUCAAGGGAACUGUACCAUCAAGCAUACCGAAAGCUGGAAGAAAUCAAACGGGCUCAUGACAAUCAUCGCAAACGUCUCUUGAAUAUUAUGCGAAAGGUGGAAAUGGUUCGAUGCAUGAACCAACCACUCCAACAGGAUGAAGUCAAUUUGAUGGGGCAAUUACGUCAAGUCAAUAUGAAAGUGAGAGAUGUGCAACGACAACUGGGUGAUUUGCACAUGCAGGCGCAAAAACCGCCACCCAGUCUCGUCGAUGCCAAUGUCAAGGUGGAGAUUCCUGAUCGGGAACGACUCUCACAGAUUUUCACCCAUCACGCAGAGCAACUCCAGAAACUCAACACAGCCAUGAAGAAGGAUCUACGACAUGUGGAACUCAUCAAACAGCGAGUACUGCCAAAGGAUGGCAUGGGUGUGGUGGGUCCUACUGGUUUUCGUUAG